GUUGGAGAGCUUAGUGAUUUGCCGAGUGUAUACCAUUGUAUAGAUACAACAUUUUCACAAGUGUUUGGAAAAGGAUGAAAAAGUAUCGCCAAUGAUGAUGAAGUUUGCAUUAUUGUUUAUUGGUGGGAAUAUGAAAACAAUAGUAGCAGCACAUUGUGAUCUCCAGAUGAUGACAGAUUCAUAGGAGAGCUCUUGUGGCUUACAGGUUUCCUUCUUCUCUGAAUUCCCCAUAAACCCUAAAUCCGAGCUCCGUGGCUAUAGCUCAAUUUUCUGGUAGCUUGGAUCGCAGUGGAGGUUAUAUCUUAAAGGGAUCACGAGCAGUCAUCCUUUGAUAUAAUUUUGGAACAUCAUGGCUGGAUCAGGAGGAAAAAGACUCGGCAACUCUUGCAUUCUUCUGAUAGUGAUUGCUGGGAUGGAGAGAUUUGCAUACAAAGGAGUGGCAUCGAAUUUAGUUACUUAUUUAACCGAUGUGGUACAAAUGAGCAACUCUGCGGCGGCCAAGACGGUGAACAGUUGGUGUGGGUUCACAUCCAUGCUCCCACUCUUAGUUGCACCCCUUGUUGACUCUUACUGGGACAGAUAUCCCACCAUAUUGGCAUCUUCUUUCCUCUAUGUUGCAGGGCUUGUGGCAUUGACAUCAACAGCAUUCACCCGGGCAUCAUCUGCUGCAAACAAAACAAGUUCCAAUUCAUCAUUUCUAUUUUGGUCUCUGUAUUUGAUUUCUGUUGGUCAAGGUGGCUACAACCCAUCUCUACAAGCAUUUGGAGCAGACCAACUGGACAGUGAAGAGGAACUGCCUAGCAGCAAAGAUGACCAAAAAUCUAACAAAAAGAGUGUGUUUUUUCAGUGGUGGUAUUUUGGUGUUUGCAGUGGCAGCCUCAUGGGUGUCACUCUCAUGUCCUACAUUCAAGACACUUUCGGUUGGAUUCUAGGUUUUGCCAUCCCCAUGAUAUCGAUGGUUAUAUCGGUCGUGGUAUUUUCCUGUGGAAGCCGAAUCUAUACAUAUAGAGAGAAUGAUCAGGCCAUGGAUUAUAAGCCCGUUUUCAACAUAGCUCAAGCUAUCAAGGCAGCCGCAUUAAAGCUAAUGAAAUGCAGAAUCACAUUACCAAAUGAAACUAAUGUUAGUGAACUAGAGCUUCAAGAGAAACCGCUUUGCCAUCAAAAUAUUAGCAGCACGGUGAGCAUGGUUGAGAAUCCCAAAAGCCGCUUCUACGUGCUUGAAAAUGCGAAAGUGCUUUUGAGGCUUCUGCCAAUAUGGAUUAUGCUUUUGAUGUUUGCAGUGAUUUUCCAACAGCCUCCAACAUUUUUCACCAAACAAGGCAUGACAAUGAAGAGGAACAUUGGAAGCAACUUCAAGAUUCCACCAGCAACUCUGCAAAGUGCCAUUACACUUUCCAUAAUCCUCCUGAUGCCUCUGUAUGACAAAAUAAUGAUCCCGGUUACACGUCUGGUUACGUGUAGCGAAAAGGGUCUCAGCGUGAUGCAACGGAUGGGGAUUGGAAUGUUCGUUUCAGUCAUAGCAAUGGCCAUUGCAGCGGUUGUGGAAACAAAAAGGCUCAAGAUCAGCAGGGAAAUGGAAAUGCGGGGAUCUCAAUCCGAGACGGUGCCAUUAAGCAUCUUCUGGCUGCUGCCACAGUACAUUCUUUUGGGCAUUUCAGACAUUUUCACCGUUGUUGGAAUGCAAGAGUUUUUUUACUCUGAAGUUCCGGGAAGAAUGAGAACAAUGGCCUUUGCAUUGUACACUAGUGUUUUUGGGGUGGGAAGUUACCUGAGUACCGUUUUGAUUGCAACAGUUGAAGCAGUUACAAGUUCCAAAGGAAGGCAGAGCUGGUUCUCUGAUGACAUGGGUGAAGCUAGGCUUGACAAAUACUACUGGUUUUUGGCAUCACUAAGUGCACUGAGCUUUGUGUUUUAUGUAAUUUUGUCUACGUGUUACACAAGUAAGAAGGAUCUGGAUUUGGAAAAUGAAACCUGUAAAUAAAGCUUUUGUUUGAGGAA